AUGGCCAAUCACUUCCCAUCCUACGAUCCGAACGACCCACUGAUGCGCUGUUACCAAGUCGCUUUCCGUAGGCACGCCACCACGACGCCCCAACAGACCACUCCCUCGCAGCCAUCAUCCACAAGCGUCAUCGCACCAGCCACCAGCAUGUCACAGGACGACAUCCACGGGCGCUUCCUGACGGCCGCCAUGAAUUGCGACACUAGGGCCAUGCAACAAGAGUUCCACCGUCUCCUGUCGGUUGCAGAGAGCCGAAACCAAGACUGUCUAUUUCUGAAACAGCUGCACGAGCAGGAGGUCGAGGCGAAUCACGGCGAAAUGGAUUGGAUGCGAAACCGAAUCCAGCACUUGGAAGAGGAGAUGCGCCGCGUUACCUCAUGCAAGAAAGGAAUUGGACAGGUCUACUACAGCCUGAAUUAA